AUGCGAUUGACCGUCGAACUUAUUCAGAAUUCCCUUUCCUACAUCAAUCCGCUCAAGGAGCGCGAGCUAGACCUUCGAGGGCACAAAAUUCCCACCAUUGAAAACCUGGGUAUUGCAAAGGACCAAGAUGCGAUCGACUUUACGGAUAACGAUAUCUCCUCCCUGGGGAAUUUUCCCUUCUUUCCUCGUCUCCACACCCUCCUUCUUGCGCGCAAUCGGGUGAAGCAUAUUCAACCGACGAUAGCUUCCACAAUCCCCAACCUGACGACGCUGGUCCUCACGGCGAACAAUAUGGCCGAAUUGGCGGACUUGGACCCCCUCCGAAACUUGACACGCUUGACUCAUCUGGUGUUACUGGAGAACCCUGUUACAAGGAAAGAGCACUACCGAUACUGGGUGAUCUGGCGGAUACCAAGCGUCCGAUUCCUUGACUACCAGAAAGUGAAAGACGCGGAGCGGGCAAAGGCGAAGGAGCUAUUUGGUACUGCCGAAGAACCCACAGCUCUCGCGUCCAAGAUUAUGGGCAUCAAAUCCCGUACAUUUGAUGUACCGUCUGGCGGCGCUGAGCGAGCACCGGCAGACAAGGCUGUUAGGGUCAAGCUGACCGAGAAGGAGAGGAAGCGGGUCGAAAAGAUGAUCCGUGAGGCGAGAAGUCUCCAGGAGAUUACUAGACUGGAGAAGGAAUUGAAUGAAGGGCGGAUACCCGGAGGCGCUCUUGAUGCCGGUGAGGACAGCGAAGACGAGAAUCAGAUGCAGACGUGA